GCUACGCGCCUACCGACACAAAGGUACAGACCAGAGCUUAAUCUUUAAUUGCCAAGUUUCAUUCAAGUUGGUAACGCCGAUGACGGAAUAACUUUUUUUUUCCCCUUUUUGUAAUUUCCCCUUGCUUUUAUUGUUUCUUUUCCAAAUACCAAAUAACGGUUGUAAUCAUUAAUGCCCAUUUGAACACGAUUCACGAUGUCGUUUAAAGCGCUGUCAUCUGCGACAUUCCAUUGCGAACAAGGUGUGCGCUUGAAGUUCCACCUCGAGGUCUUCUGAGAAAAACAAAGACUUCUCAGGAUGCUGCCUGUGGCCCAUUGUCGUCUUUGCCUGAAGCAGCGUUGAGGGAAAUGAAUGGAAAAGCCUGCAACCUACUGGUAUCUCCCUCCGGGGUGCCCCAGUCUCUGGGUGCCACCAGUGGGCAUCAGACGCCCCACAUCCGGGUGCGUGCCACCUGCCCCCAUUCUCCCCCACACUACGGCACCGCGCCGACUGGGAAUGCCGUUGUCCUGCCCACCCUAAGCUUGCGCAGGCAAGUCCUGACCAACGGGAAGCAUCAGAGCACCCUCGGCAUCCCACGAUUGUCGGGGCAACCCUCACUUCCUGGCCCAGCCAGCAACCCAGGUGGGGUGAGACCCAGUGGACCACAGACUGGCAUCAAGGGCUCUCAGUCACUGGUGCCAAAUGGAAAACUACUGGGACAGAAUGGGCUAUCAAACCUGCAGGUGUCCAGCAGUGCCAUGGUCGUGCAGAGCCUGAGCCCCGUGUGUUCAGCCGCUGUCCAAGUCUCUGUAGCUCCCUGUCCGCCACACUCGCUUGGUCUGUUUGUGCCUUUCACAGAUGCCAGGUCUGUGCUGUCCAGAGAGUCCCUGGCCUCCACCACUCUCAGCCUUGCUGAGAGUCAAUCGAUACGCAGCAGCAAGUUGGACUGGCCUCAUGGCUAUCGCGUGCUUCCACCGCUCGGGCAGCCGAACAGCUGCAGUCAGAUGGCUGAUGGAGCAGAGCAUCUCAGCAUCCCUCUAGGGACCGCAAUGUCUGGGGCAACCAGUGCCUCCAAUCCAGCUUCUCUUCCCGCUUAUCUGUUUAAGGAGGACGCCCACAGCCCCCGGCAUUCCGGACGCCCCAAGAAAAGGGCCCUCUCGGUCUCGCCUCUGUCUGACGGCAUUGCCAUCGACUUGAACUCCAUUAUUCGAACCUCUCCCACCUCUCUGGUGGCCUACAUCGUGGGCUCCCAGAGUUCUCCAGCCUCUCAGCCGACCCCUUCUCCCCUGCAGUCUGAAGUAUGUGGGCAUCUCCUGGGCGUCAGGGGAAGCUGCAUUCCCAAUCCUAGUUUCGUCAACCCGAGCCCCAAAGUCAGCUCCACGCUAGGCGAGGCCUUGAACAGUUACUGCCACCCCGACACAGUGGCCUCCUGCAUGCAGAGGUUGGAAGAAGGGGGUUCUCACGACAACCAAUCAGGAGGGAGUAACCUGGUGGUGGAACAUCAGCAUUUGUCUGAACAGGAGCUCCCAAUAAGCCACACCGCAGUGGCAGCUAACAGUGUCUCACAGAACAACUUGCCAAUGCCUGCACAGCCUCAGCUCGGAAGGACAGCCACGGUCAAGCCCCUCGGCCUCCCUCGGGGUGCUCCGCCGCCCUAUUACUCCCACCAUGUGCAUCAAUCACCAGUUGGUCACAUGGGACAUGCUCGGAACCCCACAGACCUGCGGUCUGCACCACCUGCGGACAAUCCUAGAGUUCAGCCCCUGGCCCUGGGCCCCAUGCUGGAGGAGGACGAGGGGGAGCUCGAGGAUUCCGACGGGGUGCACCGCUGCUGCUGGCUGGACUGCAGCGCCACCUACAGCCACAAAGAGGAGCUGGUCAAGCACAUUGAGAAGCUCCACAUGGAACAGCGCAAAGGAGAGGACUUCACCUGUUUCUGGGCGGGGUGUCCACGGAGACACAAGCCAUUCAACGCUCGCUACAAGCUCCUGAUCCACAUGAGAGUACAUUCUGGAGAGAAGCCCAACAAAUGCACGUUUAAUGGCUGCCACAAGGCAUUCUCCCGCCUGGAGAACCUAAAGAUCCACUUACGGAGCCACACAGGAGAAAAGCCCUACACGUGCCAGCACCCAGGCUGCCUCAAAUCCUUCAGCAACUCCAGCGACCGGGCGAAGCACCAGCGCACACACCUAGACACAAAACCAUACGCGUGCCAGAUUCAGGGCUGUCUGAAGCGCUACACGGAUCCCAGCUCUCUGCGGAAACACGUCAAAUCACACUCCACCAAAGAACAACAGGCCAGGAAGAAGCUGAGAGCCAGCACAGAGGUCUCCCGCGAGGAACUCUCCGAGUGCUUAUCUAUCCAGCCCCUGCAGCCCAGCCUGUCACCGCUGGAUUUGAUUCCGAGCGAUUUGUGCCAGCAUCCAGGGUCGGCCUCGGACGCAUACACAGGUGUGUUCUGCGCUGGCCGGUGUGCCCAGGCAGCCGACGUCCACAGCCCCGCGCCGCUGCCUGCUGUGACCCCUGCUCGCCCAUCUCCGAGUGGAGCACGCUUCCCAUUGGCCCCCCCGCCCCCCCCGCCCCCGAGGCGCUCGGGGGAGGGGUCCGCCAGGCGUCACGGCCUGCCAGCAAAACCCAUUCCUUCAGUGGGGCACUUCAAAGGUGCCCAGAGGGGACCCGCUUCAGGGCUGGCCGAGCCAGAUGCCUCUGGCUACGUGCUGCGCGACUGUUCCAGCGACAGCGGCGGGCCUGCAGCGCACGGCGGGGACCCCACAAAGACGACCAUCCAGUCCAGUGCAGUGCUGCAGUGCCUGAUGGUAGACUCUCGAGGUCCUGGACUAAAAUGUCGCUCUCUCAGGUUCGACGAUCCUGGAGUCCAGCAGCCAAGCUCCACCCCCCAUAACCGACCUCCUCCUGUACUUCCUCAUUCACACCACCACAUGAUUGCAGGGCAAAAGCAAAACUCGCUACCCAGAGACCCCAACCUCUCCGCUGCGUCUCUCCCCCGCCGUCAGGACAGUUUCCCUAGUGUGUGUUCCCCCUCCUACAGUGACUCACCACACACGGCGAAGUCGGUCGCCUCUUCUUCCAUGAGGCUGAUCCCUGUGUUGGAGGACAGUCUGGGUCCCUCGAUCACGACUCACAGGGAAGGCGAUCUGAAUCACAGGCCACUCUCAAGGAUCACAGUGUUCCAUCAACACGUUCCAUCAGAAGAUUCCUUGGGGAAUCAGGACCAUUCGGUGGCAGAAGACAACUAUCUUCACAUAUACACUCCGGAUCAAUGCCCAAGCCAGCUGUCUUGUGCCUACAUGGAAAGGUGAAAUCCAGCUAGUACGGUCUUCUGCACACAGGAUUGUACAUCUACCGUACACAUCUGAUGCACUGCUUACUUUUUUAUUGUCUUUUAAUCAUAGGACCGAUUGUGUGCAUUUUCAAAGACAGAAUAUGGUCUAUAUUUUGCAUGUUAAAUUUUAAAAUAAUUUUUAUAUAAUAUCUUGAAUUUCCAUAAUGCUAAGAAAACGCUAAUCAAUCAUGUCUAAAAAAAACAGAACAUUCCUGAUUUUUUUUUAAAUUUGCUUCACUGGAGGACGAUGCCCCCUCUUGGAUAAGUAUGUGUAUGUAAAAGAAAUAAGCCUUAAAAGGCACUCACAUUCUUACAUUAAACCACCAAAUAAUGACUA